AUGUCACCAGAACCAACGAGCGUUGCCGCUCUUUCACGUACAAGUGAUCUUUUCGCAAGUCAUUGUCUUUUAUUCCCCAAAGAAUAUGGUUAUACUAAAUCAAUGCAAUCAACAACAGAUAAGAGAACAAGAACAAGUUCGCCUUAUUUAACUUUAUCAUCCAACAAUAAUAAUCACUCAUCAACUACGUCAGAAGCACAAGAUCAGGAUGUUCGUCGCAUUCAGCGUCAGUGUCAGGGUUUAAAUGGAAUUCACAAUAUGAACAAUUCACUGUCUCAACCUCUUCAUCAAUCAUCGUCAUCUGUUGAUGUGAAUCGUGAUAGACUAGGUGCGGAGAUACAUGUAGAACGUAGUUCGCUUGAUAAAGAACGAGGGUCAUUGGAUUUAUUGGUUACUGCGGCUUCUACCUUGAACAUCGCGGAUUCGGAAAAUUCAAACACAGUGACGACAAGCAAAACAAGUCCUGUGGCUUCGGUGGUUGACCUUAGGCUGGAGCGGAAGAGGUUGGAACACGAACGUCAGCGCCAUGAACAGCGCCAGUUGUUUGAAGAAAGGAUGAAAAUGCUUGAACUUCAGCAGCUCGAAGAGGAACGAGAUUUAUUAGAAAAUCAUACUCUUAUCGUACCAGCCGCAAGCGCAAGUGCUCCGAAUACACCACCUUCUUUAGUAACGAAUGAUACUCGGGCUCGAUCCAACACGGUGCCGAGAUUAAACAAUACAUCAGUGGGAAGCCUGAUUCCAAACGCCACUCAAUUCGAUUCUUCCCACGCCGCUGAAUCAUUGUCUGUUCAACAUAGAUCAAAUUCUUCGUCCAGAUCUGUACCAAAUUCUCGACGUAAUUCAAAUGAAUCCUCACAUGCUUCUAGAGAAGAAAAACUGAACAAGACAGGCAAAACUUUCGAACAUUUCGAGAAAGAAUUACGUGCUUCUAUCGGUUCAAUGCCGCAACGUAGGGAUGUGAUGUCAAUUAAUGCAUCAAACAGUGAUAACUCGAUCUUCCCACAGUUCAAUGGAAAUUUUUUGCUUGAUGAAGAAGGGACAACUCACCCCAUGUCUUCGUCGUGCGUUUGUCGUUACCUGCAAAUGCAUACGGACGAUGACAAGUUUCCAAUUUUGGUUCGUCGUGAUAGUUACCCGGGUAUGGUAUGUAUUGGAGGGUUCUCUUACUUUCUUUUAUGCCAUUUGAUGAUGCACUCUGUUAUUCACCUACUUUGUGCGUAUCCCAUACAAAAAUUCCAGUUGUCCGCAUCAUCUGCAGCACUUGAUCUUGCACCUUUACCUCAGUCCACAUCGCGCCAUCGCGCUUUGGAUUCGAGUGAUAGAAAGAAAUUGGACAACCUGACCGUAGAUAAUAAUAACAUAUCAACGGCAAAGCAACGAGUUCCCAAAUUAUCAACUUCGUAUUCAACACCAGAUUUGGCUAGCGCGACUAGAUUAUUUGGACGUCGUUCAGCGAAUUUUAAUGCAAGCACCGCCAACGACGUACUUUUAGAAGAUGAUGAUCAGGUUAACCAUCCCGCACAAUUACCAACCGUUACCUCUGGGGAUGUCAGCGGAAGCAACGUUUGUCGUUUCUAUCAACAAGGGUAUUGUCAACGUGGAGAUCGAUGUUCUUAUUCGCACACGUUUAAUGGGUUAGGACAGGUCAACUUGAAUCUUCCGGCUCAAAUAACGGGAGGAUUUCCUGGUGUUUCGCAACCGAUGAAUAAUAAUAAUAACGCUUUCUACAAUCAGUAUGGAAUUUCUGGUAUCGGUGGGGUGAACAUUUUACCCACGACAGCUGGAUUAAAUUACAAUCAAAACUUGGCUCUUAACGUAGCACUAAAUAGAAAUAUGAACUUAAUGCAAGCGAGUAACGUGGGCCUUUCCAAGAUGAGUCAGAAGAGGAUGAGCGGCGAUCUCGAAGUGAACAGAUUUGCUGGUGUUAUGUUGGAAGAUCUGGUGGGUGAGAUUUAUCCUCUUUGUAAAGAUCAGCAUGGCUGUAGAUAUCUCCAAAAGAAACUCGAAGAAAAAAAUGAACAAUACAUUGGGAUGAUCUUCAACGAGGUCUUCAGUCACUUCGUUGAAUUAAUGACAGAUCCUUUUGGAAACUAUCUUUGUCAAAAACUCCUCGAGUACUGUAAUGAUAAUCAACGUACGAUAAUUAUAGAGACUGUGGCGCCAGAAUUAGUGAACAUCUCGCUAAAUAUGCAUGGUACUCGUGCUGUCCAGAAAAUGAUUGAAUUCUUGUCAACACCUCAGCAGAUCCAUCCAAAUUAUGCGUUAAAAAAACAGAUCUGCCUCGUGAUCGUUGCUCUCAAUCCAAACGUCGUGACUCUGAUAAAAGACUUGAAUGGCAAUCACGUUAUUCAAAAAUGCCUGAAUCGUUUGAGUUCCGAGGAUAAUCAGUUCAUCUACAAUGCCGUGAGCAAGAAUUGUAUUGAAGUGGCUACGCACCGUCACGGGUGCUGUGUGUUGCAACGUUGCAUCGAUCACGCUUCUGAAGCUCAAAAAGUUCAGCUCGUUACGGAAAUCACGUAUCAUGCACUUACAUUGGUUCAGGAUCCAUUUGGAAAUUAUGUCGUACAAUACGUUUUGGACCUUGGAGACAGUCGAUUCACGGACGCUCUUAUUCGUAAAUUCAUUAGCAACGUGUGUGGUUUAUCGGUACAAAAGUUUAGUUCCAAUGUGAUGGAAAAGUGCAUAAGGGUCGCAGAACCAGACACGCGAAAGUUUUUGAUCGAUGAAAUGCUUAACAAGAACCGGCUAGACAAGCUGUUGCGCGAUUCCUAUGCUAAUUACGUGGUUCAGACAGCCUUGGACUAUGCUGAUCCGCUCCAACGUGCUUCACUGGUUGAUUGUAUUCGACCUCUUUUACCUGCCAUUCGCAACACUCCAUACGGCAAGCGUAUUCAAGGGAAACUACACCGCGAAGUUAUGCAGUUGAACUCGCUCAACAUGCUAAGAAUACCAUUACAUGGUUUAGGCAAUCUUGGCAAUUUUACUGGCAAUUUUGGUGGCAGCAUGGGCGGUGGUUUAAUUGGUAUGAACGACUACCAAACACCAAGCUAUCAUUACAUCUAA